AUGGAAGCACAGUACAUAAUUAGACACCAUAGGCACCAGCCAACGGAGCAUCAGUGUUCUUCCUCUGUUGUCAAGCACAUCAAAGCCCCUGUUGAUAUUGUUUGGUCAGCAGUGAGGAGAUUUGAUCAACCUCAGAAGUAUAAGCCCUUUGUUAGCAGGUGCAUUGUGCGGGGUGAUUUUGAGAUUGGGAGUGUUAGAGAGGUGAAUGUGAAGUCGGGACUUCCUGCCACGACCAGCACUGAGAUUCUGGAACUGCUUGAUGAUCAGGAGCACAUUCUUGGCUUCAAGAUUGUUGGUGGUGAUCACAGGCUAAAGAAUUACUCUUCAAUCGUUACUGUCCAUCCCGAGAUAAUUGAUGGGAUACUAGGAGCGCUGGUUAUCGAAUCAUUUGUGGUAGAUGUGCCUGAAGGGAAUACUCAAGACGAGACAUGCUACUUUGUGAAUGCUGUAAUAAACUGCAAUCUCAAAUCUUUGGCUAUUGUCUCAGAGAGUACGGCACUGCAAGGUUGCUCACACCCGUCAAUCGACUCUGAGUUGUCCAUUUCAGCUAUUAAGCUUUGA